AUGUACUUGUGUGAUUACUGCAUGAGAUCAUAGUCCAGUAAUGUGAUAAUAUACAAAGAUAGCGCCGCGGGGUGAUGUUGUGCACUUAGUAUAUCUAUACACUGUUUAUCUAAGGUAGGACUUACGAUUUCAACAUGGAGACGGCUGUUCCAGAUGAACCAAUAUCUGCUCAAACAAAGCUUUCCGUUUGCAAGACAUGUACGAUGCUGAUCUGCGAAAAAUGUGUGACAUUAUCCGACCACGGUGGUCAUACUCUGAUCGACCUCCACGACUCUAGUGCUGAGAAGGCGGUGUCUCGACAAUCUGUUGGAACGAAAGAAUUGGCUGACAGCAACUUGUUAAAGGAACUCGGAGCCGCCGUUAAACUGCAGGCAAAGGAUAACGAAAAGCUCCACAACAGGUUAGUAGAACAGAUACAGAAUACUGGAAUGCUGUUAAAAUUGGAAGUUGACAAACAGACAGAAUUACGUCUAAAGAAAUGUAAACAGUUUGGAACUUUGAACAGGGAGAAACUUGCGGAAUAUGAAACCGAACUUUUAUCACUGAACGAAACGCAUUGCCGUACUGUCGAAGAACGUGGUGACGUCAUCGAUAUCGAUACAGAGGCUGAUAAGACUGUGGACUUACCGGUUGUGCCCAAGCUGAUUCUGGUUGAAUACCGACAACCUGUUGAGAUGGAAGCACUGGUAUCCAGAGCACUUGGCGAUCUAUCUAUCCAGGAGAACGUUCGAGGCGAAUGUGAAUCAUGCGAUACCCAAUUUUGAAGUCUAUAUUGAUGUGUACAACAAUUAUAACUCGGCUUUAGUGAGGAUUAUCUACCAGUCACAGAAGCGGUGAUGGUGUCUCUACCAGUCACAGAGGCGGCGAUGAUGUCUCUACCAAUCACAGAAGUGGCGGGGAUGUCUCUACCAGUCACAGAGGGUGCGAGGAUGUCCCUACCAAUCACAGAGGUGGCGGGGAUGUCUCUACCAGUCACAGAGGGUGCGAGGAUGUCCCUACCAAUCACAGAGGGUGCGAGGAUGUCCCUACCAAUCACAGAGGUGGCGGGGAUGUCUCUACCAAUCACAUAGGCGGCGAUACUGUCUCUACCAAUCACAGAGGGUGCGAGGAUGUCCCUACCAAUCACAGAGGUGGCGGGGAUGUCUCUACCAAUCACAUAGGCGGCGAUACUGUCUCUACCAAUCACAGAGGGUGCGAGGAUGUCCCUACCAAUCACAGAGGUGGCGGGGAUGUCUCUACCAAUCACAUAGGCGGCGAUACUGUCUCUACCAAUCACAGAGGUGGCGGGGAUGUAUCUACCAAUCACAUAGGCGGCGUUGUCUCUACCAGUCACAGAGGCGGUGAGGAUGUAUCUACUCGGCUUACUGUCCGCCUCUGUGACGGUGGAGAUUAUCUAACAAUCACAGAGGCAGUGAAAAUGUAUCUACCAGUCACAGAGGCGGUCAGGAUGUCCCUAACAAUCACAGAGGCGGUGAAGAUUAUCUACCAACUAUCUCAAUAUAUUUAUAUUUUACUGAAAGUUACAUAAAAUGCGCCUCACGUGUUUAUUCUUUGUGCGAUCCCCUGUACACCUGUCUGGUGUAAUUUACAUACAUUAACAUGUCAUAUCUUGUAUCCAGAUUUUAAUAUGCUGUACAUACAUAUUUUGUGGUUUUCGUUUCUUGUGACUGGUUUAAAAUUUUAAAUACACUUAAGGUCAGAAGACACACAGGGACAUGAGAACAUGUUGGUCAAUGUGUUAGAGGGUGCUCAUUGUACAGAGGGGUGUAGUUAUUACUGGAUGUUAAUCUUGCCCCAUAAAACGUUUGAAAAGGUGCUGUAUAUGCUGCUAGGAUUGCUCUAAAUACACAAAUAUGGAAACAAAUUCUCAGGUCCUUGUGAAAAGACCUAGUGUAGAAGUUCCCUCCAUCAGUAAAUGUACUAUUAUACAAAUAUAUCAUGAGUGUCUGUGCAAUUCGGCCUCGUGCAAUAGAACACCAGUAAAUCGUGUCAAAUAUUCUGGACUAUUGCAGACACCCAUGCUAAAUUGUUUAUUACAUAAUCACUAAAAGACAGUUAGAAUCGCUGACAUGUCGACUUUCCUGUAGGCCUAGAAGUCAGCAUGAGUGUCGUCGGCAGUAUUGACAUCUGAGUGACUUUGACGCUUGAAAGGGUAGGAAAAAUUCCGAAACGUUACAGGUGUUCAAUAGUUCGCACGUGACCAAAUUUCAAAGCGUCACAGGUGUUCAAUAGUUCGCACGUGACCGUGCAAUAGUCCUUUUAGCCUUGAAAUAAUUCAAAAUAUAGCUUGUGUUUAUAGUUAAGGAAAAUCAAACGCAUUAUGUAAUAAAAAAGAGUAACGAUGAUUCCAUUUAUUUUACACAAACAACAACAUGAAGCUGGAAUAUAUGGUGGCAGUGUUGUAUACAGAAAUAAGAACUUGAAAAUAAAUGAUAAGAUGAUUAUAAAAUUUGUAUAUCAGUAAACCAAUCAGAGUAUGCUACUGUAUAAACCAUGAUAUCAAGAUGGCUACUAUAAAACAUGCCUUUUGUCUUAAUUAACCCACAUACCUCAGAAUUCUCUAAUUAGCUAGAUUUUUUAUUGUUUAAUUAUCGUACUAUUAACAGCUGUAAGUGCGAAGCUUUUCUCCUUUUGAAAAAUAAGA